AUGUCGAUAAAACUUCGAGAGCUGAUCCGAAAUAUUCGAAACUGCAAAACUGCAGCUGAGGAACGGUCAGUAGUAGCAACAGAAUGUGCUUUGAUAAGAACCGCAUUUAAGGAAGAAGAUAAUAUAUAUAGGCAUAGAAAUGUAGCAAAGUUACUGUUUAUAAAUAUGCUGGGGUACCCUACACAUUUUGGACAAAUAGAGUGUUUAAAAUUAAUAGCAUCAAAUAAAUUUUCAUAUAAAAGAAUUGGGUAUCUAGGUUUAACAAUAUUAUUAGAUGAAAAUACAGAUAUAUUAAUGUUAGUGACAAAUUCAAUAAAAAAUGAUUUAAGGAGUAGUAAUCAAUAUAUUAAUGGUUUAGCUUUAUGUGCUCUUGGGAAUAUUGCAAACAAUGAAAUGUGCUGCUCACUAAGACAAGAGAUAUUAGAUUUAAUGAAUAUAAAUAAUCCUUAUAUAAAAAAAAAAGCAGCUAUGUGUGCAAUCCGUAUAUUAAAAAAAACAAAUGAUAUAGAAGAAUUAUUUAUAGAUAAAAUAAAUAAUUUAUUAGAAGAUAGAAAUCAUAGCGUUAUAAGCGCAGGAAUAACAUUAAUGAUAUCACUAAUUGAAAAAAAGGGACAAUUAAAAAAUGUAUUAAAAGUACAUACAAAUAAAAUUGUAAAAAUAUUAAAAAGUUGUAUUGUUUCUGGAUAUUCACAUGGCGCUGAAUAUGACAUAUAUGGCAUUAAUGAUCCAUUUCUUCAAGUUAAAAUUCUAAAAUUAUUAAAAUAUCUAAACUCAGAUGUGAGUUCUAUUAUUAAUCAUUCAAAUAAAUCAUACAACACGAUAAAUAAUAAUAGUAGUAGCAUCAAUUUAGAUAACAACGCAAACAUACAUGAUGGUAUAUCCAUAAAUGAAAGAAAUUCAAGUUUUAAUGAAGCGAACUAUAAUAGCAAUUUAAUACUAGGGCAAGAAUCUAUAACAGAAAAUGCUAAUAGUAGUAUAGAGGGACGAGAAAAAGCAUAUGGCGAUAAAAAUGAUAGUGUCAAUUUUUAUGAUAUGGAGGAAGUAAAUUCUGUAUUAGCCCAGGUAGCCACAAAUACAGAUACCAUGAAAAAUGUAGGAAAUGCUAUUCUAUAUGAAUGUGUAAAAACAAUUACAUAUAUUUCGACCGAUCCUGGUUUAUUAGUAUUAGCAGUAAAUGUUUUAGGUAAAUUUUUACAAAACGCAGAUAAUAAUAUAAGAUAUGUCGGUUUAUGCACAUUACAAAAAUUACUAAAAAAGGACCCUAAAACUUUACAUAUAUAUAGAAAUACUAUUAUAGAAUGCUUGAAAGAUCCAGAUAUUAGUAUAAGGAAAAAAGCCUUAGAUGUAGCAUUUGCUCUUAUAACUAAAGAUUCAUUAAAAAUUAUGAUAAAAGAAUUAUUAAAUUAUUUAUUAGUUGCAGAUAUGGAAAUAAAAAGUGAUAUUGUAUCAAAUAUAUGUGUUAGCGUAAAUAAUUAUGCACCUAACAUGCAAUAUCUAUUUGAUACGUAUAUUAAAAUAUUUUGUUUAGCUGGUAAUUUUAUACAAGAUCAUAUAAAAGAUGAUUUUAUAUAUUACCUAUUACAAAAUAGCGAAUAUCAUUCUUAUGUUAUAUUUAAAAUAUUUUUUUCUAUUAAAGAAAAUUUGGAUCAAUAUGCAUUAGUACAAGUCGGAGUUUGGUGCAUUGGUGAGUUAGGUGAUUUGUUAAUAAAAGAAAAACAUAUCGGGCCAGAUGAACAAGUAAUAACUGUAGUUCAUGAAGAUGUAUUUGAUUUACUUGAAAAAAUCGUAAAAACGUAUGAAGACAAUAAAAUUAAAGAAUUACAUAAUAUUAAUAUAAAAGAUCCAAUACACAAUAUAUUAUAUAAUAAAAAUAGCGGUAGUAAUCGAUCUUUUGGUGUUUUAGGAUGUAGUAUAAAUAAUUCGGUUUCAUCAAGGGUUAUUGGCAAUGAUAAUAAUGCCAAUAUUUGCUGUAACAUAAAUGAAAACAAUAAUAAUGAUGAUAAUAAUAAUAUAAUAAUGCAAUAUGUGUUAAUGUGCUUAAAUAAGCUCACGGUUCGUUUUCCUACUCAUAAAAAUAAAAUAGAAAAACUAAUAAAUAAAUAUAAACAAAAUAAGUGUGUUGAAAUUCAACAAAGAGCAUGCGAAUUUUCAAAACUUAUGAGUGUAGAAUGGGAUGAUAUUCGAGAAUCUAUAUUACUGUCUAUACCACCAUGCAAUAAAAAUGCUAAUAGAAAAAAACAUAGAAAAGUAGAUGAUGCUGGCCAUAUGCCUCAUUAUAUUUCGAAUGAAAAUAAUUAUCUCGAAACAGAUGAUCCACAAUCGCAAUAUCACAACAAUGAUGCCAAUGUUGAUUUGUUAGACCUUGAUGAUGUUCUAGGUAUACAAAAUGAUGUGCCCAAUACUACUAUAAAUAAUUCUGAUCAAAAAAAUAUUAAUUUAAAUAAUGCUUCUGAUAUACUAACAAAUAAUUCCAAUUGCCGACCAACAUUUAAUAAAAGCAAUAGGAUUGAAUCAGCAUCCUAUAAUAAUAAGCAUGGGCCAAUCAUAGAAAAUGAUCCAUUAAAUCUAAAUGAUAUAUCAAUGAAUUCUACGACCCCUGCAGAUAUAUCCAAUUAUAAUAUUAAUAGCCUAAAUGCCGUGAAUAAAAAAAAUGAAGAUAUUUUGGUUGAUCUGUUCGGAAAUAUUUCUAUAGAGGAUCCUAAAACGGAUUUGUAUAAUAUUGAUAUAAACAAAGAAGGCACAAAUUCUUUAAAUCUCUUAUUGGAUGAUAUUGAACCUAUGGAAAAAAACGAUGUGUUUGAUCUAAAAUUAGUUGAUACUACUCUCGAAGAAAAAAUAUGUGAAAUCGCACCAAUGAAAUUAUAUGAUAAAAAUGAUAUUGAAAUAAAAUUCUUUUUUAAAAAAGAAAGUUUAGAUUCAGAAAAAACUACAAUCAAUGCUAUCUAUUCAAAUCAAUCCGAUACUCACAUAUCUUCCUUUGUUUUUGAAGCUAUUGUUCCGAAUUAUGUGAAAAUGGAAAUAUUUGCAGCUUCGUCUAACGAAUUGUUACCCUUUGAGCAAAAUAAAAUAACACAAGAAUUGAAAAUUAUCAAUAGUUUGUUUAAAAAGAAACCAGUUCUUAUGAAAGUCAGAUUGUCUUAUUUAAAAAAUAAUGAAAAGUUUCAGGAUUUUAUUAAUGUAGGGAAUUUUCCAGAUGUUUUAUAA